AUGGCCUCGUCCGCCUCCAACGUCGUCGGUGUCCACUACCGGGUGGGCAAGAAGAUUGGUGAGGGCUCGUUCGGUGUCAUCUUUGAAGGCACCAACUUGCUCAACAACCAGCAGGUCGCCAUCAAAUUCGAACCUCGAAAGAGUGACGCUCCCCAACUGCGGGACGAGUACCGCACCUACAAGAUCCUCGUAGGAUACCCCGGUAUUCCCAAUGUCUACUACUUCGGCCAAGAGGGUCUCCACAACAUUCUCGUUAUUGACCUCCUCGGACCUUCGCUCGAAGACCUCUUCGACCACUGCGGUCGCCGAUUCACCAUCAAGACUGUCGUCAUGGUUGCCAAGCAGAUGCUCUCGCGCGUCCAGACCAUACACGAGCGCAACCUCAUCUACCGAGACAUCAAGCCCGACAACUUCAUCAUCGGCCGUCCCGGAACCAAGGCCGCCAACGUUAUUCACGUCAUUGACUUUGGCAUGGCCAAGCAGUACAGAGACCCCAAGACGAAGCAGCACAUCCCAUACCGCGAGCGCAAAUCGCUCUCCGGUACCGCCCGUUAUAUGAGUAUCAACACGCACUUGGGACGUGAACAGUCGCGCCGAGAUGAUCUCGAGGCCCUCGGCCACGUCUUCAUGUACUUCCUCCGUGGCGGUCUGCCGUGGCAGGGUCUCAAGGCUGCUACCAACAAGCAAAAGUACGAAAAGAUUGGUGAGAAGAAGCAGACCACCGCCAUCAAGGACCUCUGCGAAGGCUUCCCCGAGGAGUUCAGCAAGUACCUCACGUACGUCCGCAACCUCGGCUUCGAAGACACCCCCGACUACGACUAUCUCCGCGAGCUCUUUACUCAGGCUCUCAAGAACGCCGGCGAGGUCGAGGACGGCGAAUACGACUGGAUGAAGAUCAACAAGGAUUCGGGAAAGGGCUGGGACUCCAAGGGGCACAACUAUCACCACAAUCCAAACGUACGCCCCGGUCCCUCUCAAAUGGAACUUCACAGUGGCCAUCGGGGGAAUACCAACUCUCAGCAAGCACAGAAUCUUACUGUGGGCCGACUAAACGCCGCCCAGCCUCCUCCUCCCUCGCCGAUCAAGCAGAUGGGCAAGCAGAGAGAUCGCCCAAGCGCGCAAGGAGGAUUGUCCGCCCAGCGGGGUCCCGGGGGCCUGCGUGACAUGUCAACGCCCGCCGGCUCAACACAGGCUCAGUUCCAGAACAGUGCUCAGAACCUGCCUCAGCAAAAGAUGACGCCUCAGGGUGGCAUCGGCCAGCCUGGCCAGCUCAACGCUCAGGCUGUCCAGCAACCUAGCGGCUUCCAAAAGUUCAUCAAGUCCAUUUGCUGCGGCUAG